AUGUCUUUCACAGAUAUGUUGGUGUCUAUUUCCAGUAACCGGCACCGCAAGAUGAAGGUGGAGAUAGCCAACCACCCUCUCUACCAACAGCUUCUCUCCGCCCAUAUCGGGUGUCUCCGAGUUGCCACACCUAUCGACCAACUGCCCCUCAUCGACAGCCAACUCCCCCACUUGCAGCAUCUCCUCCACUCCUACAACUCCGACCCCCACCACCACCCUCUUCCUCCCGACGACCGCCGUGACCUUGACAAUUUCAUGGCACAGUAUUUGGUAGUUUUGUGUGCAUUUAAAGAUCGCCUGCAACAACAUGUCAGAGUUGAUGCUGUUGAGGCUGUCAUGGCCUGCCGUGAAAUUGAGCAUAGCUUACAAGCUAUCACCGGAGUAACCCUUGGCGAAGGUUCAGGAGCAACAAUGUCAGAUGACGAUGAAGAAGAGAUGGGAAUGGAUUUUCUAGUAGAUCAGUCUGCAUGUGAUAUGUUGGGUUUUGGUCCUCUUCUCCCUACUGAAUCUGAACGAACUCUUAUGGACAGAGUUCGUCAAGAACUGAAAAUCGAACUUAAACAGGGAUUUAGAUCAAAAAUAGAGGAUGUAAGGGAGGAAAUAUUGAGAAAAAGAAGAGCAGGAAAAUUACCUGGUGAUACUACACAUGUGCUCAAAGAUUGGUGGCAACAACAUUCCAAAUGGCCAUAUCCAACUGAAGAUGACAAGGCAAAACUGGUGGAAGAAACAGGGCUACAACUCAAGCAAAUCAACAACUGGUUCAUUAAUCAAAGGAAAAGGAAUUGGCACAAUAGUUUGAAUCCCAUGAACACCCAAAAAACAAAGCGUAAACGAUAGAGGAAAUUAACUUUGUUUUAAUAACUCAAACUUUGGUGGAGGGAUGGUAACCUUAGUUGUUAACGCUAAAAGCAUAUUGUACCUUUCGUUUGUAAAGUAUAGACGGCUAACAUUGCAUGUAUAUGAUUGAUUUCUAAACAUUGAUGACAAACUUACUAAAGUUACUCUCUUUUACUAUGAUAGCACCUACC